ACCCCCCUCAUGUCCGCCCGUGCUGUCUCUCUCUCUCCCUCUCUCUCUCUCUCCGGUGAAACAGGAAGCGAGGCUCGGUGAAGUUAACGGGCUCAGUGACUGAGCAGCGCGGGAAGUCCGGUGGCGGUGCGGUUCUUGUGUUUCCUCCGGGUUUUGGGCUGUGACGGUACCGCGGGAAACAUUGCUUGGUGUGGCUGCAUCGGGGAGAAGGCUCGGGAGGAGGUGAAACUGCGGGACGCUAUGAACGAGAGAAAAGCGGCGCCAGAGGACGUGAUAUCAGAUGCCAUGGCAAAUCCUUCUCCAGCGAAGAGCAUGGGUGACCCUGGGAUCACUCCACUGUCUCCUUCACACACUCAGAAUGACACCGAGCAGGUGCAGACACAGCAGUCCUUUGUGGUGGUCGUGGCCAUUGACUUUGGAACCACGUCCAGCGGCUACGCCUACGCCUUCACGAAAGAGCCAGAGUGCAUUCACACCAUGAGGCGCUGGGAGGGUGGAGACCCUGGUGUGUCCAAUCAGAAGACCCCAACCACCAUCCUGCUGACUCCAGACAGGAAGUUCCACAGUUUUGGUUAUGCAGCUCGUGACUUCUACCACGACCUUGACCCGAGCGAGUCCAAACACUGGCUCUACCUGGAAAAAUUCAAAAUGAAGCUCCACACCACUGCAAACCUGUCCAUCGACACAGAUCUUCACGCAGCCAAUGGGAAGCGAGUGAAAGCUCUGGAUAUCUUUGCGUAUGCACUGGCCUUCUUUAAGGAGCAAGCACUCAAGGAGCUGAGUGAUCAGACGGGCGGUGACUUUGAUAACAACGAUGUCAGAUGGGUGAUCACAGUUCCUGCCAUCUGGAAAAUGCCUGCCAAGCAGUUCAUGAGGGAAGCUGCUUACAAGUCUGGUCUGGUGUCCCGUGAAAACCCAGAGCAGCUGAUCAUCGCCUUAGAACCCGAGGCAGCGUCGAUCUACUGCCGCAAGCUCCGCCUCCACCAGAUGGUGGACCUUGGCACCCAGAACACCCAGAACGGCUUUAGUCCCACUGAAAACGCAGGGAGUGCAAUGAGCCAAGCUAAGGAGCAUGUGCGGCGCAACCGGCAGAGCCGCACGUUUUUGGUGGAAAAUGUCGUAGGAGAGCUUUGGUCGGAGCUGGAAGAAGGUGAUCGUUACGUCGUAGUGGACUGUGGUGGAGGAACUGUGGACCUGACUGUUCAUCAGAUCCGUCUUCCAGAGGGACAUUUAAAGGAGCUCUACAAGGCCUCGGGUAAACACCGCAGCACUUUUUGCUUUGCUGUCUGCAGAUGUUCUCACUCUGUCAAGUCUCUAAUCUUCCUCCUUCUCCCAGGCGGCCCCUACGGCUCCAUCGGGAUCGACUAUGAGUUUGAGAAGCUGCUGUGUAAGAUCUUUGGUCAGGAUUUCAUCGACACAUUUAAGAUCAAGCGGCCGGCCGCCUGGGUGGACCUGAUGAUUGCGUUUGAGUCGCGGAAGAGAGCGGCAGCCCCCGAACGCACCAACCCCCUCAAUAUAAACCUGCCGUUCUCCUUCAUCGACUACUAUAAGAAGUUUCGAGGCCACAGUGUGGAGCACGCCCUGCGCAAGAGCAAUGUGGAUUUUGUCAAAUGGUCGUCUCAGGGAAUGCUGAGGAUGAGUCCAGAUGCCAUGAAUUCCCUCUUCAAGCCUACGAUAGAUCACAUCAUCCAACAUCUGACUGAGCUCUUUGAUAAGCCAGAGGUCAGCGACAUCAAGUUCCUCUUCUUAGUGGGAGGUUUUGCUGAGUCACCUUUGCUUCAGCAAGCCGUGCAGAACAUGCUCCAGGGCCGCAGCCGCAUCAUCAUUCCCCACGACGUCGGCCUCACCAUCCUGAAAGGUGCCGUGCUGUUCGGCCUGGACCCCAGCGUCAUCAAAGUCCGCCGCUCGCCACUCACGUACGGCGUGGGCGUCCUCAAUCGCUUCGUGGAGGGCAAACACCCGCCGGAGAAGCUGCUGGUGAAGGACGGCACUCGGUGGUGCACCGACGUUUUCGACACCUUCAUCGCCGCUGACCAGUCGGUGUCACUGGGUGAGAUGGUGAAGCGGAGCUACACCCCAGCCAAGCCCUCGCAGCAGGUCAUCGUCAUCCACGUCUACUGCUCGGAGAAGGAGAGCGUGGGCUUCAUCAGUGAGUCUGGAGUCAGGAAGUGUGGGACACUUCGUCUGGACGUGAGCGGAACGGAGAGCACGGCGCCGCGCCGUGAGAUCCAGACGCUCAUGCAGUUUGGUGACACGGAGAUCCGAGCCAUGGCCGUGGAUGUGUCCACCGGACGCACCGUAAAAGCUAGCAUUGACUUCCUGAGCCACUAAGUAAGCUAAUGUAACAGGAAGAUAGCAGCUAACACACACACACACACACACACACACAUUAAGCUUAACUGGAAAAUGAUGAAUUUCGAUUCGUGCUCAGAGUAAGAAGCAGGAAGUUGGGCUGACAUUCACCUGCUGCUUAUCUGCUCGUAUGAAGUCACUGUAACAAAGUCAUCGGCUUCAGUGUGUGCACCACACGACACAAAAUAAAGACACACAAAAACAACAACUAUGUCCACAUGUUACAUCGGCUUCAGUGUGUGCACCACACGACACAA